CCGAGCAGGACGGUCACGUCGGUACGGUGUUCCGCGCGCGCACGGCUUGCUACGACGUGUUUCGACGUGUUGGCGUAACGCCGCCGGCUCUCCAAAACUUUGCGAGAGAGAAACGAAGUGAGAGUGUGAGAGAGUGUAGAAACGCGUGCAGAAGUCGCGGCCUGCUGUGUGUUAUUGUUAUUCAACAGAAGUUCGGCGAGCAUUCGCGAGGUGGUCCAAGACGAACGCGCGCGCGAUUCAGCGACGGUUUCGAGGAUUCGACGGGAUCUUUUUUCUUUUUGGUGAGGAAAAAUUGGGAAAUUUUAAUGUGACACGGUGAGAUAUUGGCGGAUUGUACGGUGGUCGUGACACACGACGUUGGUGAAAGCGAAGAAGUGAAUUUUAAUAGUGCGGUAUCGGUCUGUGCAGUGCAAAAGGGAAGACGAAGUUUCUCUGAUGAUAUAACCAGCGGAAGAUUGGUGAUUACGUUGAAGAGCGCUUAAAAGCACACUCUCGCCCACUUAUGCCGGGAGAGUGCCGGAACACACACACACACACACACACACACAAACUAAUAAAUAAAAGCUGCUGGCAAGCUUUGAACCCCGAGUCCCGGAAGGCAGAGUAAUUGGAUUUGCCAACAAAGAAGAGUAGGAAGAAAGUGCAAUCAUUGGGUGGUGAAAAAGUGCAUUCUGCGUUAAGCGUGUACGUCGGUGUGUCCGUGCGCACACACGCUCACGGGAAGAAACCGUGAAGAAUUUAAUUAAAAUCGCUCACCGUGAAACGGUGGCAAGUGCGUUUACAAAUCUCUAUUAAUAAAAGCGGGAAGAAAGUGGUGAGACGAAUUCCCGGUUUGGUCGCGGGAAAUUGGCCAAAUGAAGAAGAAGGAAACCAGCAAGGCAGUUUGUAAUUAGUCACUUGUGGUGGGGUUUGGUUCAAUGUGUGGAGAUUUGGACCGUGCGAAGAAGAACUCGGGAAGAACGACGCGAAUCAAGAGUUCGGAGUCCGAAGCCAUGGCCGCGACGACGGCCGCGGACCUCGCGCGCGAUGCAUUUAUGAGCAGCGACUACGAGCUGGCCUGCAAGCUGUUCGAGGGCGUGCUCGCGGAGCAAUCGGCCGUGGAAUCGCCCACGGGACAGUCGUCCAGCCAGCCGCCGGCACGGUCCCAGCGGUUGUCCUUGUACUACGGUUACGGAGAUUCGCUAGCCCGGGCCGGCCGUCUCAAGGACGCGCUGGACGUGUACGGCCACAUCAGCGGAGCGCUGCUCGACGGGUUGAUCCCGCUGGAGCGGCUUCGCCAUCUGACGAGUUCGCUCGUCGACACUGUCCUCGCCACCCGAGCGGUGGUGGCCACCUGCAGCUCGCCCGCGGUAGACCCGCUCUGCUGUCCGAUCUGCGAGGACAUCCUGCGGCUGCCGGUGACGGCGACCUGUGGCCACACCUUCUGCCGGCAGUGCUGCUUCGGCCAUUCCAGCUGUCCGGUGUGCCACACGCAGUUCCCGACCGUGCCCAGUGAUGCCACCGCCGCGGGACCAUCGUCCACCAUCACCCUGCUGUCACUUCCGGUGGCCACCGCCACCUCGUCGUCGACGUCCACGGAUGAAUUGGCUGGAACCAGUGCAAGUGCAAGUGGUGGGGGGAAAAGGGACAGUGUGAUUGGGUUCGAGCAGGAUAUCCUGAUCCGGAGGCUCGUCGAGCGUUGGUGGGGGCCGGAGCUGAAGGCGGCGGAGUUGAACGAGGAAGCGCAGCGGUACCUGGACGAUGGUGGCGGCGGCGGAGGUGAUGGUGGAGAGGGGUUGGACGAGGCGCUGAGGUGCUGCAACCAGAGUCUUGAGAAUGCACCAAACAGCUACAAAGGUCUGCUGCUGCGGGCCGAGGUCCUGUACCGACUACAGCACUACCAAAGCGCACUGGCCGACGCCGACAGUGCCCUGAAGAGCCGGCCCACGUCCCACAAGGCCCACUACCUGCGUGCCCUCGCCCUAUCGGCGCUCGGCAAACCGGAAGCGGCCAUCACCGCCCACUGCGUGGCACUUUUCCUCGACAAACAGUCCGUGAGCGUGGCCUCCGGGAUAAAACAGGAAAUUGCCAAGGACCUCCAACAACUCCUUGCGGCGGCCGGAACUCGCCGGGAACCGGACCUGCCCCUCGCCCUCCGCGACCCACUGGCACUGCUGUUCGGCACGCCCUACUCGCUGAUGAGUUCGCGCAAGCGACGCCACCACCGGAUCCUAUCCGCGCACAAACACAAGGCGAAAAAGCAGUACGCGACCCUGCGGACGGCCGACUUUGACGACGUGGACCAUUCCGACGAGGACGAAGAGGACAGCUAUCUGAGGGCGGCUUCGCUGCUCGACGAGAUGGACGACGAGGAGGGCUUUCUGAGGAGUGCGAUGAUGAACCCACCGCACCACCGGCGGAAAUCGCUGACGGCGUACAAUUUGAGCUUCUUCAGCACCCAGCGACAGCAACAGGACCGCUUCCGGCGGGACCAAUCGACGGCAAUCAUUCCAAGGCCAAAUGCGAGGCUGCGCGCGUUCGUUGAUCGAAUGAGCGCGGAGCUGGAGUCGGUCCGAUGGACGGCGGAGGCCACUCCGGUGCGGUUGACCGUAAGUUCGAGCUCCAUCGAACCGUCCGACUUUGACUGCGUGCUCUGCUGUCGAACGCUGUGGCGACCGGUCGUUACCCCAUGUGGACACACCUACUGCUGGGUUUGCCUCGACCGCUGCAUGGACUACUCACCGUCCUGCCCACUCUGCAUGGCCCCCCUAAUCGAGCAGUUCCGGCACCAUCACCAACGGACGCCGAACCUCCAAAGCCUCCUCGCGACGGCAGCCGCCUCCAACCCAACUCUGAUCUCACUGUCCAAAUGCAAGGUCACCUCCUUCGUCGAACAAGCCAUGCAACGGUUCAUCCCGGAAGCGUACGAAAAGCGCCAACGCCAGGAACUGGACCGCGAGCCAACAGUCCCCGUGUUCAUCUGCACGACGGCCUUCCCCUCAGUCCCGUGCCCCCUUUUCGUGUACGAACCCCGCUACAAGCUGAUGGUCCGGCGGGCCAUCGAAAGCGGCGAACGCCAGUUCGGAAUCGCCCUCCCCCAAGCCGGUCGUCAACGGUACGUCGAGUACGGCACCAUGCUGGACAUCCGGGACUGCGUUCAGCUCGGCGACGGCUGCUCGAUACUCUCCACCGUGGGAAGUAGACGCUUUCGGGUGAUCGCACGGCACGAGCAGGACGGGUACGACACGGCGAACGUGGAGUUUAUCCAGGACGAGCCGGACUCGUGGGAGGUGGUGCGGAAGUUGCACGAAAAGGUGCACGAGAAGGCGAUCGGAUGGCACGAGAGUUUGCAGGAGAGGAAAAAGUCGGAGAUUGCGAAGAGCUUUGGGCGGAUGCCGACGUUGGAAGAGAACUGGGAGCGGCUGGUGGACGGGCCGGCGUGGGCGUGGUGGAUCAUCGCGAUACUGCCGCUGAGCGAGCAGUUGAAGGUUAACAUCCUGUCCACAACCAGCCUCGAGAAGCGACUACGCGCAAUCGACAAAACGCUAAACCUCGCUCCGCAAAAGCAACGCCGCUCGCCGGUCUACGUGGUUCCUUCAUCGCCCGCGUCACCCCCGCCGGUCGGAUGUUGCGACGUCGUCGUUGGAGGAGUCACUUCCGGCACCAGCCUGCACCAGCAACACGCUCACCAUCAAAGCCCAAACCAUCAUCAUCAUCACGACCAGCAUCAUCAGAGUCAGCAGCAUCAUGAUCACCAUCAUGAACAAUGCCAAGCAAUCGACUGUUGCUUACGAGAAAGAACUACCUCAGCAGAUUCAGCAGAUCAUCAUCAUCUCCACCACGAAAGUGAUAGAAACAGUUCCGGAGGCCAUCAUCAUCACCAUCAUCAUCCGAUCCACCAUCUGAGCCAAUCCGCGGACGCCGGCGACUAUCUGCUGUAAAGUGUCCUCCCCUCUCCAAAAUCAAACUAAAAGUUUAAUGUAAUGUAAUCACACAAAACACAAAAAAACACACACACAGACACACAAUUGCAACUAAAUGGUUCUCUUCUAUUAACUUCGCGGAACAAGCAGACAAACAAAUAGUGUAAUGUGUAAUAGAGUGUAACAAAAAGAAAACAAAAUGCCAUAGUCAAAAAAUGAUAGCUAAAACAAAUAAAUCCCCCUCUCCCUUUUGUCACUCCCCGGUAGAGAUGCCCUUAAAUCAGCGUGGACAAGUCUGGCGCGCGUGUAUUUUAUCCAAGCCUCGUGUGAUUUUUAAAUGAAAUACCAAAUUUAACGCAGUUCGAGUUUGAAAACUGCGAGCUUUAAUUGAAACACAACGUUUUAAAACAAACUACAUUUUUCCCAAGUUUUCCUCUCGUUCUUAAUAAAAAAAAACAAAUCAAAACCUAUUAAAGUCACAAUAACCCUCUUAAUCAGAAGCUAUCUCGUGUGAAGCAAAUUUAAGUGUUGUUCGACCUUUUCCGCUUGUCGCAUUUUUCAAAACAAAUCGAAAUACCUUCACUUUCUCUACUCUAUUUUUAACCUUUUUACUCCAAAAUAAUAAAAAAAAACAAGCAUCAACAAAAACCUUUUCAAACUCUCUUCCAAACUAAUCACACCCUUUACUUGGUGAACAUUUCUCCUACGUUAUCGAGCGUGGCUAAUCGUUUGUAUGAAAGCAUUUGAAAGGAUUGAAGGAUGAAGAAAAUAAUAAGAAAUAAAAGGAUGCCAUAUUUGAUCGACAAAAGGAAGGGGUCAUUUGGUAAGGUUUCGCAUAAAAUUUGGGAAUGAGUGAAUCUUUUAUGUCAUAAAGAAGAUUAAAUUAUACCGUUCAAAAUUUUUAAAUUUAUCUCUAUUCUAGUGUAAUUCCACGUUUCCAGCAUUGAGUGUGUUCAUAUUACAUCACAAAAGAUGUAAUAUUACAACAACCAAUUUUACACUUUCCAUGUUAAUAAAAAACCUUUUCUUGAAAAAUAUAUAAAAAGGAAACUUUGUUUGAUAAUCGGUUUUGGUAAGAACUUCUUUCAAAUUUAUCAAAAAUCAUGUUCAAAGUAAAAAAUAUGAUAAUAAUAUUACAUGAUGUGAUGUGUAAUUUACAUCUGAAAAUGUGGGCCGUUUUUGUUCCCUAAAAAAUAGACAAAACUACUUCAAAUUUCUCAAAUUUUCAUAAUUUGCAACAGUGAAAUAUCGACGAAGCAAAUUUUUGUUUGAAUUUUCCCUGUGCCUUUGAUUUGGUAAAAUACAAAAAAUUUAAAAAAAAACCGUAUUUUUUCGAAAAUUCUCAAUUUUUUUAUAUUUUUAUACGCAUUUUCAUUUUAAUGAGAACUUUUUUGUAAAAUACUAAAAUUUUCACAAAGUUUUUUUUUUUUAAAGAGUAUUUUUUCUUAAACACUCUACCUUAAACACAGAUUUUUUUAAAUACUCAAAUUUUAAUAAAAAGUACUGUAUUGAUGAUGCUAUGAGACGCGGGUUCGAUUCCCGCCUUAUCCACUGAGCUUCUAUCGGAUGGUGAAGUAAAACGUCGGUCCCGGUUUCUCCUGUCUCGUCAGAGGCGCUGGAGCAGAAAUCCCACGUUAGAGGAAGGCCAUGCCCCGGGGGGCGUAGUGCCAAUAGUUUCGUUUUCGUUUCGUAUUUUGAAAAUAUGGUUUUCAUGCCAAAUUUUGUAUUAUAAAUUGAGAAUACAUUCAAAAUUUUGCUUCGUUUGAUACUCAUAUUGAGAAUUUUCAUACAGUGUCGCUUCGUCCGAUACUUUUAUUGCAAAAUAUAAUAAUAAGAGUAUUUUAUUUUAUGCAAAUUUUACUAUUUUGCAAAUAAAAAAAUCAAAAUAAAGCGAAAAUGCAUGCAAAAUAUUGCUUCGUUUGAUACGAAAUAUGGAAAUUUAAGUAUUUUUGCCAAAUGCGUUUUUUUUUUAUGAAAAUUUUAAUAUUUAACUUAAAAAACUGUUAUAAAGUGAAAAUUUACACAAAAUUUCGCUUCUUUUGAAUGCAAAUUUAACAAAUUUGAAAAGUACGGUUAUUUUUAAACUACUUUGAAUGUUUAACAAAAGAACUUUGAAAAAUUAACAAAAUGUACAUGUUUUCACAGCGGAAGAAGUUUAAUUCGCAGAGUGGAAAUGGAAAAAUAUCAAUAUCGCAUAUUUUCACGUAUUUUUACAUAAACUUUUGUGUAAAAUAGGAAUCACAUAAACAAGAAUUCAAUUUUACUUUGAUGAUGUCAUCUUUCAAACAGAUUUUGUGCAAGCAAAAAAUUAGAAAUUUUAUCUCAAAAGCUAAGUAAAAUUACAUAAUCGAGGUGAAAUUUGAAUAUAUUUUUUAAUGAUCCCAAUUUUUCUUAUUAAUCUGUGUAAAUUUACAUCUAAAAUCAACUCUUUUUAUUUACUAUUGAUGUUUGGAAAACCAUUUUGCAAUCUAAAGCAUUCAAUUUAGUUGAUAUUUGAUUCAGAUUUCCAAUUAAAAAAGUGUAAUAUAGAAAAAAACAAACGAUGAAAUGAAAAGUUUAGGUAAAUUUUGAUUUCAUGUGAUUUUACUCAAAAAAAUAAAUUACAUAGAAAAAGAUUAUAACUUUGUACAGCCUAUGUAAUUUUACUCAGUCUGUGACGUAAGAAAAAAAUACAUUUUGUUCUGUCUGAAACAUUUGUGUAAGAAAAAUGUGAAUUUUACAUCAGAGAUUGGGUUAAACAAGGCAGGUAAAAUUAACAUGUUUUUCUAUGUAACUUUUUUUUACUCAGUAAUUUAGUUAAAAUUACUUGUAGAAAAAGGUAAAUUCUCAAUUUUAAAAAUUCAACUCGUGGUUAUUUAACUUUUUUUGUUUGAUUGGUUCUGUUAUAUGCUAGAAGCUAAUAUCAAGCAUAGUGGAACAUAAAUUGUGGAUUUUUAAUAUGCAUGAGCAGCAUUUCCAAAAAGUGAGCUAAAUGUCAAAAAGACAUUUACCAAAUGAAAAAAAAAUGUCAAUCUUUUUUUCACCAAGUUUUAUGUUGUGAGAUGUGAAAGAGCAUAUUUUUUUUUAUUUUUCUUACAAUUUCGAGCUUUUAAUUUUCCAAUUAUCUUGCGAAACAAGAGCGGAUGACCCUUAAAACAAGAUUGAGGUUACGUUUCAAGCUCAUUCUUACGUUAUCUUCUUGCAAUUAAUUUUUCAAGGCUGUAAGUAAUUAACUUUUUCCUUCAUUCUUGAGGAAGACUGCCGAAAUAUAACCUCAAUCUGUGCUAGAAAAAAUGUCGAUCAGCAAGGCAGCCAAAACAUUAAAUGAAUCAAAGCAGGCCGGCCACGCAGGCAAAGCAACGCUAGCGAUGGGCAGCGCUGUGAAACCCACUCACACACUCACAUGAUGACAAUCUUUCAAAGUAAACAACAAACCCCUUUAAAAACAUAACCUAAUCAAACAAAAACACACAAGUAGUUUGAAAAGAAUGUAAACAAAAUCAAACCCCAACCAACUGUCAGUAGAGAUCUUAGCAAUCCUGAAAAAAAAACCGGAAAACUUUAAGAAAACAAUCAGAAAACGAAAGAAGAGCAAAGAGGACAGGUUCCCCUUUUCCUUCCCGUUUUAUUACCGUGUAAGCAAGUAAACAAGUAAGAAGUCAAAUGUCUGUGCCGUACCGAGAGUGACACCAGAAACACUGAAACAAAACAAAAAAACAAACAAAAUGAAUCCGUUUGCGUUUUCCUUACAACUAAAGCUGUGAAUAUGUUUAGAAGCUUGGUGUUGUUUCCCACACUUGAUUGGUUAAGAUUUUUUUUGUUUGGAGAAAUUCGAUCUGUCGAACAUUGGAAGUCGAUAUUUUUUUCCGUUUACUCGAAAAGAAAAAAAGAAGAAACAAAACAGCAAAACAAAUACAAGUUAAUUUGUGAUAAAUCAUCUAAUUUUAAACCAGAAACACUAUCGCAACUCGCGUUUUAGAGCUUAAGAAACACAACCUUUUUUUACUCUCAUUUUGUAAGCUUUGUUCUAUAAAUGUUCGAUUUAAGUUAGGUUUCCUCCUAAGAAACGAAUCAAAUAAAUCCACCACUGAAUAACUACUGAUAAUAAAAGUUAAAAAAAAACUGCAUUUGAAAAAAGCCAACCUUCCUGCGUGAUUCAACGCUUUCCCACUUUUUUCCAACUUUCUUUUGUAAAACCCCUUUAAAGUAAAGCAAGAAAACAAAUACAAAUACGUGUGAUCGUGAUAAAUUUAUAUAGGACAAGAAAUCACACACUGAAAAAAAAUUAAGCAAGCAAACUCUUUGUAAAUGUCUCCCAAAAAACACACCGAAAAAACUCACACUCGUUGUAAUGCUCCAUCUUCUCUGAAUUCCAGCUGUGCAAACACCGAGGUCAAAACAAAAACCACAAACAAAAACACAAAGAAAUCUCUGUAAAAGCCAUGUUAGUGUGUAGUCGGAAAUCGUGUUAGGUAUUGUAAUCACAAACAAAACAAAACAAAAUCUGUGGCAGAGAAGAACAAAACAGGUGGAAAUAUUUAAAACGCUAAAUUAUUGUGUCCAAAACAACCGGAUGACACGCGUGAAGAGGAGGGCAGCGCAAGAAACAACCUAUUCGAUGAAUUUUUCACUUAUGAAAACUUUAUAUUUAUGAUAGAUUGGAAGCAAGCAACGCAGCAACAAAACAGAGUGUGUAUCGUGUGCAGAAAUGGGUGUGGAAUGAAGAUGAGAAGAAGAAAAAUCUAGAAAACAAACAAAAAAUAAAACUCUUUCAAAAUCCUAUUUUCUAAAAACGUGGAUCUAAUAAAUUUUCGAGCUAUA